UUAAAUGGUGUAUGGGAAAUUAAACAGCACAAAAAGUUUAUGCAUUCAGAUAAAUUACACAAUAUUGCAGUAUUGUUUAGUUUGUUUUAUUGUAUUGUACACACAGAGAAUGAAGUUAAACGUCAAACAUUAAUGACUUAUCACUUUAUUUAUAAAAUCACACACCAAUGUGUUAGUUUCCACCCUCAUGGGUAAAGAUACUCCUGUCAGCCAGAUACAACAAAAGAAUGUGACAAAAAAUCUUAUCGUCAAACCACUCUACUGAUAGCUAGGAGGAAGAAAAGAGAAAGGACCGGCUAUACUUUGCACUUGUAUUAAUAGACGGCAUGAUUAAUUUGAUAACUAUUUUAAUUAUAAAAGUUUGAAAAGGGGGCUUUCGGAGCAAUGCCAUAGAAGAACCCGAAGAAGCAUUCAGUGAACAGUUUAACAGUUAAAAGAACUUAAAAAAAGUUUCUUUAGAAAAAUCAAAAAAACUUUUUGUGGAAUGGAAAGGUUCAGUGGAUUUUAAAGGUUUUUCAUGGAAUCACAGACGCAAAUAAAGAACCUUCAUUUUAAAGAGUGAGUCUCAACAGGUAAUUACUGGACAGUGGAUGCAGAAGAAAAUUCCAUGACGUACAGUUUUAAAAUGUGCUUACCUACAUAUGGUUCUAUUUAAGUAAGUAAAUAAAUACAUUUUUAUUUUAAAUGGAAAAUGGACAAGUUGGACUAUUUGGUUUCCAGCACACGUGAACAUGCAUAUCAGAAUGCUUUAUGUCUAUAUGUUUUUAAACAUCCUGACACAGUAACAACAUUGGCUUAACCAAUAGUGUUUUAAGAUGGAGAUAUCUUGUUUGACCAAUUGGAGCAGGUACAAAGGUUUCGGAAACAAUUGGCUACAAAUGGGAAUGUUCCUUUUGAACAACCUAUAAAUAACUAUCUCGCUCAAAGUCACAGUGGCAACAAUGGAGCUACUAAUUAGCUCAUCAAUUUCUGCAUCAUAUCUUCCAGAUUUUGCUUUAGGACUGUUGUUUUCUAGACCUUUAACCUCUACUUCCACUCCUGAUAGCAUUUAUGAUUUGCAAUAAUACAGCUUUUGGAAAGCAUCCAAACAGUUUUAUUACUAAAAGCAAUCAGCACUGAUGAGCUUACGCUGAGUCACUCUGAAAUGUCAUCUUGACUCAUCAUGGUAACAAACACGAAAAAGACCAGUGCAAUAUGGGGCGUGGAAUCCACUCAGCUUCCUACAUAAAAACCCAAAUAGUGAGACAGCUUGGUUUACAGAACCAAACCGAUCAUCUUUGAACAUGGCGGUAUUAAAGGCAUGCAGUGCUCUAGUGACAGGGGCCAACCGAGGCUUGGGUUUAGAAAUGGUCAAGCAACUCCUGGAAGCUCGUUGCUCAAACAUUUUUGCUGCAUGUCGUGACCCAGAUGGACCAAAUUCUGAGACACUGAGAGAACUGGCCAAAAAGCAUCCAGGUGUUAUCUCCCUUGUGCAGCUUGAUGUUGCUGAUCAAUGCAGUAUCAAAGAGUCUGCCAAAAAAGUUGGUUCUCUGCUGGGGAAGAACGGCUUGAACCUGCUUGUGAAUAAUGCUGCAGUGUUGCCACAAAAAACCUUGCUGACCGCCACUGUUGAGGACAUGCAAAGCACCUUCAACACCAACGUGAUAGGACCUUUAUUUGUCAUUAGGGAGUACCUGCCGUAUCUGCGUACAGCAGCUAAAGCCAAGGGCAAACCAGGGAUGUCAUGUGAUAAAGCAGCUGUGAUCAACAUCUCCACGGAUUCAGCGUCUAUGAGCAUCAUGCCAGUAAUGAAAGAACCAUUCCCAUUCUUCCCAUACAGCAUCAGCAAGGCUGGUCUUAACAUGCUGACUAUAUAUACCGCAAGGGACUUAAAGGCAGAUGAGAUCCUCUGCAUUUCCAUUCACCCAGGAUGGGUGAGAACGGACAUGGGGGGAGAUAAGGCGCCUAUUGAUACCAGAAAAAGUGUGGAGGGAUUGAUGCGUGUCAUUGGCAGCCUUACUGAGAAGCAGAAUGGUGCAUUCUUAGACUACACUGGAAAAACAAUGCCCUGGUAAACCAAAAAAAAAUUUUUAAAAGAGGAACUUUAUCAAAGAGCUGAUCCAGAUGACCUAAUAUAAAUAAAAUAAGCAUAGUCAUUAAUGUUUAUGACAUGUUCAUCUUCAUUCUCCGUGUGUUCAAUACAAUAAACAAUACCACAAUAUUGUGUCUACACUGGAAAAACAAUGCCCUGGUAAACCAAAAAAAAGUUCAGCUAAGGGCUGAUCCAGAUGACCUAUUUUACCUAUUAGAAAUAAAGUGAUAAGUCAUUAAUGUUUGACAUGUUCAACUUCAUUCUCCGUGUGUUCAAUUCAAUAAAACAAUAAACUUUUUGUGCUGUAUAAUUUGCCAUUCAUCAUUUUAAAAAAAACACCAUCACAACACAUAUUUAGUAUUUAAUGUUAAGUGUUUUCUGACAGCAUUUCUACAGUAAGCAAGCAAUAUGGGAUGGGACUUAAAGAUACUUAAUCAGUCUUUUUACAUUUUGAUCAAUAUCCUUAAAUUUUAUAAACUAUUACAUAGAUCUACUGAGUUUACCAAGCUGCUACUUCUACUAAUCUUAGCAUUGUGAAGAGAGCAAUAAAUACAACUGGCUUUUCUGAUCAUUUAAAAUUACAUAUCAGUGGCGUUUAUUUAUAUAUAUAUAUAUAUAUAUAUAUGAGGUAAAUGUAAAUAUUUGUUAAAUUAUCCAAACAUUUACUUUGUUAGACAACAAACUGGCCAUAAAACUUAACAUCAUGUACUACCAAUCAAAGGUCUGGACACACUUGACUGAGCUUCUUGUGGACUUUAUAAUCUGUUUAUCUAAAGCCUUAUGCUUUAAUGCCUGAAAUUAAUUUUACAUGCAUGACAGACUUUUGCGUUUUAAAUUUUGACAAGUCAUGUCUUAUGGCUAAGAAACUUCCACUGUAUUAAAAGAUAAAUAACUGUUGGUGGGGAAAAGGAGGCUAGCAGUUAUUGGGUGGACAGUUUGAUACUGAGGACUUCAGAGAAAUAACUGAAUAAUUAUUUCUGUCUAAAAUAAUUGAAUAAUUACUCACGGUCAGUUUGCUUUAAGACCAUAAACAACAUGGGCUGACAACUACUCUAUAAAGGGUGUGCAUGCUUCUCUAUGCUUAGACUCUACAAGGAAUGGUAAAGAGUUUCUGGCCGUUGAAUAAAUGCUAGUGAAAGCCAAGUCUUUUUUGCUGUAUAGCAUUCAAAGAUAAAGGCCUAAUACACUCUUGAAUAUAAAGGUUCCAAAAGGGGCUUACGGAGCAAUGCCAAAGAAGAACCAUUAUUGCUUCCCCAAUGAUUCAUUCAGAAGUCCAUUCAGUGAACAGUUCUUAAAAUAACUUAAAAAAGGUUCUUUAGAAAAAUCUAAAGACCCUUCUGGAAAGAACAUUUGUGGAAUAGAAAGGUUUUUCAUUUUAAAGAGUGAGUCUCAACAGGUAAUUGCUAGACAGCUAAUGCAGAAGAAAAUUCCAUGACAGACAAAUUUAAAAUGUGCUUACCUACAUACAGUUCUAUUUAUAAAAAAAAA